AUGCUACCAGCUCCCAGCUGUUGCCAUGAAAGGUCUUAUCGUGGUGAUAUCGCCAUUGAUCUCGCUGAUAGAGGAUCAGCUGGCUGGCCUUCCGGAAAGCUCGGCAUUGAAGGAGCAGCUUUGAAUCAAUCGACAUCAAAAGAAGAUGCAAAGCGAAUAGAAGCACAAGCUCGUUCAGUAUAUAUGGUUCUUCUCUUCGUGCUGCUUUACAUUCACACGCUGAGAAAAUUAGCAAAAAGUAAAAGGCUGAUGAAUAAACUGGAAAAAUCAGCUGAAGUAGGAGCUCUGAAGGUAUUCGCCAUCGAUGAAGUGCACUGCUGUUCUCAAUGGGGUCAUGAUUUUCGGCCAGAUUACAAGUUUUUGAACAUAUUGAAACGACAAUCCCAAUGUCGCCGCUGGCUUGGCUUAACAGGCAACGGCAACCCGCCCAACGUUUCUGUCUGUGUGAAGAAUAUGCUAGAUAUUCCUAAUGCUGUGGUCUUCAAAGCCGGUUUCAAUCGUCUUAAUUUACACUAUGAAGUGGUUCAAAAGCCAGACGGCGAUGUCACUGCUGAACUUGCCCGACUGAUAAAAACCAGGUUUGCCAAUCAAUCGGGUAUUGUAUACUGUUUCUCAAGAAAGGACUGUGAAGAAGUUGCAGCACAGCUUCGAGAAGCCGGUAUACGUGCAGCAUUCUACCAUGCCGAUAUGGACUCGUCCCGACGGACAGCUGUUCAUGAGAAAUGGGUUAGCGGCAAGUAUAAUGUCAUCGUAGCUACUGUAGCUUUCGGAAUGGGUAUUGACAAACCUGAUGUUCGUUACGUCAUUCACCAUGCACUACCUAAAUCUGUAGAAAACUACUUCCAGGAGAGUGGACGUGCUGGUCGUGAUGGACUUCCAGCAGUUUGUAUUCUGUAUUUCCGCUUGUCGGAUGUAUUCCGGUCAAAGCACAAUGGUGUGCACAGAACGUACCGCAAAAAACCAAUGACCGUGGUUCAAAUCGCAUUACUGGUGCCAAACUUGUUGAGCUUUGUGACCAAACAAAAGCUCGGAUCUAAGCUCAUAAUUGAAGCAAGUUUGUGCCACGCACUUCUUGAACGGGUAUCUAAAACAAGAUUUUCACUUCACGCCGUAUGCGAUUCACAGGUAAGCUUUUUUACUGAUUAUAUCGUCGCUGGCCCCAAAGGUGAUCGAGCACAGCAGACUCAAAUUAUGAUGAAAUGCAAGCAAAGUGACUGCGAUGUGACCGUGAAAGUGGCCAAGAAAAGGAAACUAGAUGUGGUAGCUGACGAGGAUUUUAUAGUGCUGGAAUAA